AUGGAUGACUUCGAAUAUUAUUUCCUCCAAAAUGAGGAGGAAUCGGAGCAUGUGAAGGGUGCCAAAGUGGAGCUACACAAUGUGUUGAAGCGGAACAGAGAAAGGCAUAGCAAGGUAAACAAGCCGAUGAAGGCAGCAUCCAAUGUCAUAUCGCUCCUUGGGGGGGAUGAUGCGCCGAAGGGGAAAAUGGAAGAAGCAUCUCACCCUGGGAAGGGUGGGGAAAAGACCCACAGGAAGGGCAUGCAACGCUCCUCGGCAAGAAGCAGAGAGCAUUGCUCCAAAAGGAGGAGAACUCACAAAACAGACACGAAGCUCAAAACGGAGGGAGAGGAAGAAGAAGAAGUACCCAGUGAAGACCCCCCAGUAGGUGAUAACUCAAAUGAAGACCAUCACCACAGUGAGGUGAAUGCGGAAUGUCAAAGUCAACCUGAUGACAGCGUAGGGGAAGUGGUAUUGGAGGAAAACCGAAAAGGUAAAAGAAAACUCAAUGAAAAUAAUAUUACGCACCAUGGGAAAAAGGCGAAAGGGAGGAAAACAAAGACAAGCGCAAUACCAACGGACUUGAAUAACAAUGAUGGGAAAAUCCCCACUGUGGGUGAAGAUGAUGAUAAAAAAGAUACAUCAAUUAAUUGGACUGCAACGGAAGGAAGUGCGAAAAGCCAAAGCAACAGUUGCAGUGGAACAUCUGAUGAAGACGACCAGUCAGCUUCGCCGUCUUCGGGAAGGUCCUCCUCGGCGGAUUGCCUCUCCCAUGAUAAGGAUCAAAACGAAGGGAGCAGAAAAAUGGGAAGCCACACUCGGGGGGAGAAUGGAGGAAGGUCGGUCAGGUUAGCGCCAGGAGUGGAAGAUAAUACAGCUUCCGCUACUGGUGCGAAUACUGGUCGUGCCAUGUCGAGGGAAAAAAGAGUGUCUGGUGGUAGCAGACAGAGCCGCGUAUCUGAAGAGGCAAAGCCAGAAAAGAAAAAGUACAGCGGGCGCAUGCUGUUGCACAAGUUUAAAAUAAACUACCAAAGUCUCACCGAGUCGGAGAAAAAGUACUACCUUUACAUGAUGAAGAAACUACGCGUGCAUUAUGAUCACGAGAGACACAUCUUCUAUACAGACGAUGUAUUCACAAAGUGUUUUACAGAAAAAGUUCGCAAAGAAAAGGAGAAAUUCAACUACUUAGGGUAUCUAGAAUAUGCCUGCUUUUAUAUCCUUGAAUGGUUAACCCCAACGAAGGAAGAAAAAUUACUAAAGCAUAAAUCCUUGCUAAAGUUGGAAGUUGUGGUGAAGUCUCUCUUUCCAAAGGCUAAGAUGGAGCCCUUUGGUUCCUUCGUCACAGGAUUAUCCAUCCCCGGCAGUGACCUCGACGUGUGUUUUCUAAAUAUACCCCUGGAAGAUCUUGAUGCCUUGUUACUUAUUGCAUAUGCCUUGGUUAAACUAGAUAUGGUGACAGACAUAAGAUUAAUAAAGGAUGCCAGAGUCAAGAUUCUAAAAUAUACGGAUAAAGAGACGGGGGUUCAAGUAGAUGUGUGUACAAAUCAGCUUUCCUCAAGACAAACAACAGAUUUUAUCAAAAGUAAAAUGGAGAAAUAUAUUUACUUGAGACCACUGGUUAUUCUGUUAAAGUUUUUUCUGAACACAAGAAAUCUAAAUGAAACAUAUAUAGGGGGAAUUGGUUCCUUCAUGCUCUGUUGUAUGGUUCUCCAUUUUUUACAGCUCCACCCUACUACCUUCGACUGGAAUGUCUUCAACAAUAGUUACCUCGUCAAGUUGCUUCUAGAAUUCUUUAGCUUCUAUAGCAUUGAUUAUAAGUUAGAUUUUAACUGUUCCGUUUUGCGAGGCCUGGGUCAUGUCAUGCCAAGAUAUCUCCGCAGGGAAUACGAUAUUAACGGUAGACUCUGCAUUGAGAACCCUAUUGAUAUUUCACUGGACAUUGGUAAAAACGCCUACAAAAUUAGGUAUGUGUUUUAUCUGUUCAGUCACCAGUUCUGUGCUUUGACAAGCUUGAUUGGGGAGUUGCGGGGCAAAGCAGGGGAGGCGCUUCUAUCUGCUGACGGUUCGGAGAGAGCGAUCAACAAUAAAGUGGAAGAUAAUGCAGUAGAAAAAGAAGACACAUACAUGGAAGACAAAGCAGAAGAACAAGAGGAGAAUCAACUCAGUCACUACGCCGAGGGGGACAAAAUGAACGCAGCAGGAUACAUGUACCCUCUCUUCUUUGCGAAUUUCUUGAAUCCAGAUAGCAUCGUCUUUACGAAGCGAUUCAAGGCAAACUUUCCUAACCCGCACUGGAACAUCAGCCACUUUGAUUUUUCCAUCACCAAGGAGGAGAAACACAAGUUAUUGGAAAUGCUUCGGGAGGACAUAACUUCCUCCGAUUUUGAUGAGGGGGUUGUCCCCGAAUCCACGGCCCUCUUCGCCACAUUUGACAAGGCCUUUCCCUUUUCUCUGGAUCUGUACAACAACGCAUUUAGAUAUGCCUAA